AUGACCUCCGAGGACUCCGCCCAGAGGAAAAGGUGCAGCAUCACAAUCAGCCCGGGAACAAGAACAAGCAUGUACCAAAAUGCCGAACGUUGGAAAGCUUGUCAAACGUUGUCAGCGCAACCUCCGAUGUCAUCGUCCACAGUCACAGCUUUCAACAACGAAGUCAUUGUACGACUACCUAUCCGAGCUGUCGCAUAUAGCGUAGCGCGUUCUUUCCUCGGCUUUCUUGAACCUGAAUGGAUAGCUGUUCCAGAGGAGAGAUGUAUUCGACGUUGGGCGUUGCUACAACAUCAAUUACCCCCCCGAUAUCCAAACAUCAUCAAACCUUGUGGUAUCGUCGCUGCUAUGAAGCGCGGCGAGCUCGCACUUGGGGAUCUUUUCAAGACUCUGUCAUAG